AUGCUCACUAACACCCCCCACUUUCUAGAUACUACAAAUCCUACAACCGCCUCCACCACUGCCACUACCACCUCCUCUUCCAACAAAGUCGCCCAAGCAGGCGAGUUCACAAAGAACAUGCUCGCCGCCGCCCACGGCGCAGGCGAGAAACUAAGAGGAGAAUUCAACCAAGGGGUGGACAGGACCUUCAACGAGAGUGAAGGUAUUGCGAAAAAUGAGAGGAUUGCCAAUGCUGGCAAUAGCGAGAUGGCGACGGGGCAGUUUGCGAAGUCGACGAAGAAUCGGGAGGGGGCUGUUCCUGGUGACCAUGACCCACGACGGGUGUAACAAAUGGAUGAAGAAACAAAUAUGUGAGCCAUUUUCGGUGUGAGAAUGGGGAAUAGAAGGGGGACUGGAACACAAGAAUUUUGGGUAUAAAUUGAAGAUAGGAUAGAUAGACAUGGGGAAUCGGAGAAUUUGGCAAGUGGACAGAUUAAAGAGACAUGCACCAACUUGACUUCAUGACUUACCAAGGAGUAUGGGGGGUCAUUUAUUACUUAUUGAAUUUUGUACUUGCGUGCUCGUCAUAACUACAUCGUGCAUUCUCCGUUCAUCUUGCGAUGUCCAAAAAA